UUGUCGUCUGUUUUAGGAAAUAAGUCUGAAGUGUGCGUGAGAUAGGCAUUAUUGUGGAGCCUUUAAAGUAAUAUCCUUGUGUAACGUGUAGGGCGUGAUGGACAUUAAAUGUAGGGAAGUUGUCACUUUGCAGUUUGGCAACUAUGCCAACUUUGUAGGAACUCAUUGGUGGAAUUUGCAGGAUGCCUCGUUGUCAUACGAGUCAAAGCAGCAGCAGUGCUGUGAAAUUGACAGCGGUGUUCUCUUCAGAGAAGGGCAGAAUCUCUCAGGUCACCCAACAUACACUCCCCGCCUCAUUUUGAUGGACCUGAAAGGAAUUCCAAAGACUGGUGUAGUUAGUCAAGCCUUUGAUGCCUCUAAGAAGAGUCUUGGUUUAGAAAAUAGUGUGCAGCUGUGGUCUGAUUACCUUCAAGUACAUUUACAUCCUCGAACCAUCUCAGUCAUACACGAUUAUAGUCAUGAUGAGCAAUCCAGUCAGUUUGCAGCUUUUGGUCAAGGAGAAGGCCUCUUUAAUUGUCCCAGAUUUCAAGAUGAUUUGGAAGACAGACUGCAUUUUUUUGUCGAGGAAUGUGAUUACUUGCAGGGUUUUCAAGUUCUUUGUGAUCUUCAUAAUGGAUUUUCUGGAUUGUCUGCAAAAACAGUGGAACUAUUACAAGAUGAGUACCAUGGAAAAGGAAUUCUAACCUGUGGAGUGACACCAUUCUCUGGAGCAGAUCCUAGUCUUCCAAAGAAUAUCUACAGGCUGAUUAACACCGUGUUGGGGAUUGUCAGCUUGUCCAGUGAUAGCUCCCUCUUCUGCCCACUUUCAGUUAAUAGGAAUAUGGGACGUCGGUCCCUCCUUACCACCACAUUCCCAUAUGUGAUAUAUGAUGCUUCUCUGAAUUACCAGACAAGUGCAUUGCUAGCAACAGCUCUGGAAACUAUGACUUUACCAUAUAGACUGCAUACCUUUCCUGUCUCCAUGUCACAACUUACAGAUACUAUGUGCUCUUCUGGAAGGAAGGUUGUAGUAGCCCAGGCCUCUAUUCCAUUCCCUAUGAAGUAUUCAAGCACCCUUCCAGAUGUCUUGAGUAUUCACCCGGAUGCUACACUGUGGCAAACCCUGUCUCCAUGUGCAGAAUUUAAAGAUCUCCGGUGCUUUGCACAGUCUGUAGUACUGAGAGGAAUUAAUAGACCAAACCAAGUAAGUCACCUUCGUCCAGGGAUAGAGCCAGACUCAGUUCUUCAGAUGUAUACAUCAGGAGAAGAGGUACUAGGUGCUUACCUGCAUAAUCUGAAUCCAUCCACAUUGAGUACUGCACUCCAUUUGAUUGAAUCUCCUUGUAGAUUGGCAGCUUCUUACCCACAAAUUUUCACUUCACAAGUGAACAGAAGAGGCUUUCUGCAAGAAUCCAAAAGUGAAACUGCUGUGAAGAGUAUUCCAGUCCUUACCAGACUACAGUCUUCCCCUGUUCUACACAAAGUCUUAAGCAGCCUGUAUGAAGAAGUUAAUGCAUUAGACAUUCGUCGUUACAGCAGUUUUAUUUCUGCAGGCACUGAGCUAGACGAAUUCCGAGAGGCUCUGCAGAAGCUGCGAAGUCUGUCCCAAUUGUACAAAAUGAGUUUCAAUUUAGAUGAGUCAGAUGAUGACUCAGAUACUGACUAGAGCAAACAACUUUGUGUAAAAAUAACAUAAAGGCAGUGGAGAAACUGCACAGUAUGUUUAUAAGGUUUUGUUGCAGAGUUUUCUUAUUGGCUGUAUAGCAAGUUUGUUUUUAGAGAACUGAAAGGGCAGGGAUAUUAAGAAUUAUUUCACAGAUGUGUUCAUUUUGUUUGCGACUUAAGGAGCCAAAAGACUUAACAGUUAACCUUGGCAUAUGCCUGCAGUAGUGCCAAGUGUACCAGUUACUCAGAAUGUCGGCAAUCCAUUAAGUAACAUUUAUCACAGUAGUGUACCUAUGGCUGAGUUAUCAUAUAUAAAAUAUCUGCAUCAUUCAGAAUGUGUUUGUAUGAUUGCUUUUACACAGAUUGUUUCAGGAAAAUCUCACUGUAAAAAAAGUGCUUGUUGACAGCAGUAAAUGUUCUGUAUAUAGCACACUCUUUCAUUUUCCGAUGAAGAUUGCUUAUGUUUAUAUUUUUAUAUUGUAUAAUACUGUAAAAUAGUUUAAAAUAAAGUUAAUGAUUUUUUAAAACCCA